AUGUCGAAGGAGAUCGAGCGUCUUAAGGACGAGGGCACGAGACAGCAAGUCGUUAUAGCCGGUGGUGUCGCAGGCCUCGUGUCCAGAUUCGUCAUCGCUCCAUUAGACGUGGUCAAAAUUCGACUUCAGCUUCAGCCACACUCACUCUCUGAUCCGCUAUCUUGCGAUGGUAUCAAAGGCCCAAUUUACAAGGGUGUGUUUUCGACUUUGCGCGCAAUCGUGAGAGAUGAGGGUAUCCGCGCGCUGUGGAAGGGCAAUAUCCCCGCCGAGCUCAUGUACAUCACAUAUGGCGGCGUCCAGUUUACGGCCUAUCGCUCCAUUACCCAAGCUCAGGCUAUGCUUCCGACACGUCCGCCGCCAUCGAUUGAAUCGUUCAUCAGCGGAGCAGGAGCUGGCGCCGCCGCAACUUCAAUUACGUAUCCAUUGGAUCUUCUCCGGACACGGUUCGCUGCGCAGGGUCCGCAAAAGGUCUAUACAGGACUCGCCAAUUCUGUUCAAGACAUUAUCCGCCGCGAGGGACCUAGCGGCUUCUUCCGCGGCCUCAGUGCUGCGCUAGGCCAGAUAGUCCCUUACAUGGGCCUCUUCUUCAUGAGCUACGAGUUCCUACAUCAGUACAUUGGGGGCAAGACCUUACCAUUCGGCUCCGGCGAUGCCACUGCUGGUGUAUUUGCCAGUAUCUUUGCCAAGACCGCUGUCUUCCCUCUGGACCUGGUCAGGAAGCGACUGCAGGUGCAGGGCCCGACGAGGAGCAGGUAUAUUCAUACGAACAUUCCCGAAUAUACGGGCGUUAUUCGUGCACUCACCACAAUUUGGGCUAAGGAAGGCUAUCGAGGUUGGUAUCGAGGACUGACUGCCGCGCCAGCAUCAGCCGUCACAAUGUGGACUUAUGAGCGCGUCAUGCAUUCCCUCGUUCACUCGAAUCGAAACGAUGAGAUGUGGGAAACUUAUACCGGCUACGAUGAUGAUUACGAUGACUAA